GUCACAGUGACGCCGAUUGACUUCGGAUAAAUUAUUUAUUAUUGAAAUUAUUCACGUUAAUUAUUAAAAAAUGAAAAAUUUAUUUGAAGAGUGGAAUUUGAUUGAUGUUUUCGAGAAAUUGGACGAUUGAAACAAGAAAGAUUGUCAAAACGUCCAAUCAACCUCUCUCUUCUGGUGCUCAAGGUCAAGUUUUACCAGACGAAUUAGUAGUAAUUGCCAGCUCUACAUUAAAUGGAAAUGAGGAUGAUAUUGACGUAGAAAAUUGUGAGGUAUUGGAGAAUGUUCUGGAGAGUCAUGCCUUGGUAAAUCAGGAUCUUGAAGUUGACGUUGAGAAGGAGAUAGAACAACAACUAACGGAAAGUUGUAGCAGAUCAGAGAAAAUCGCAGAUUAUUCUGGAGAUUCUCUCCCAGGGUAUUCGUCCAAGCGUAAAAAGACCACUUCAACAAAAGUUGAUCAUGACGAUUUUGAGAAAAUAGUGAGAAAUCAUCCUUACGGUGAUGCUGUGUAUAGGAUUUAUAAAUACAAGCAGGAGUUAUCAACUACUUGCCAGGCAGUCUUAUGUAAAGUAAUCACCCUGCAUUAUAUCAAGGACAAUUUAAAAACUCCAGAGUUUGAGGCAUUCACAAACAAAAUUGUGGCACUGUUUCCCAAAGAGAUUGUGCAAACCUACUAUGUACCACCAACACGCAAAGCAGUAAGUAGAACCUCAAAAUCCGUUGCUUCCAAAGAAAAAUUGGUGGAUAAAUAUCACAAUCGGUUAGCAAUCAUUCGGCUAGCGAACAACCUUGAGAAACAAUUCUUGCAACGAGGUGCUGAAGCUACUGACAUUCCUCCAGAUUGCGAUGGAGACGCCCGCCAGAUGAGCAAAGCUCUACUGGUGCACUGUAGAGAUAAAACAUUGGUGACACAGCACUGAGGAGCGACCUAUUCUCUUCGUCAAGAAGAUAUUGGGAAUAAAAAAUACAAAACCAUUGACGAUGUACUCACCCAAUGGCCUAUUCUAACUGAGUCUACCAGUUAUGACCUGAUUGAGAGCGACUUUGACUGCAAAUUUCGUCGCGAGAAUGAUCCCAAUUUAUCCAAUGCAUUACUCUUAAAAUGGGAGAACAGCUUUAAAGGAAUUCUGGAGUUGAAUGGUGAUAAAUUGACAGAGGUUGGUGACCAACUUGAUGUGAACUCACUAGAGGCCAAUGGCACCAACGAAUUAUCUGGUGAUACACGCUUAAUGAUACAGUUGAAACUGUUGUGUUCAUUAUUGGCUCCUAAAUCCAACAAAAUCAAAAUAAAAUCUCAAGGAAGAGGAAAAAAGGCAUUCUGGAAACCAUCGUGUGAGGAGGCACGAGACAGUAUUUGUCUGCAUGUAAAGUUACCAGGAGACCUGGACCAAGUGAGGACAAAUAUCAGGAAGAAGAAGGCAGACGUAGGUUUCACCCUCCAACCUAACUUGAUUGUCAUUGGUAAAGACGUGAAAUCGAUUGACACUAUCAGUGUUGAAUUGGACCGAACGAAUUACCAUCCAUCCACUCUGCUCAAGGGUUUGGACAUCCUAUUUAAACUGUUUUUAACAUUCAAUUUGUCCUACCCGCCAGAAUCAGAACAUCUGGUAUUUUAUUCAGUGGGGAAUUUUUGGUAUCUUCUCGGAGUACGAU